ACAUUCUCUUUUAUAUAAAGAAACAAAGUAACCUGUCACCAAUCUCCGUAUUCCAUUUCUGUAAAUUCUCACAGAUUUUCUUCGAUUCUCCUUAAUCUCCUAAACUUAUCUAUAUAUAUACUCAAUACACACCUUUACCUAUUCCACAACUCAAACACAAACAGAGACACACAUACAAAAAAAAAGCCCUAAUUUUUCAUCAGAUCUCCGAAACCAUGUCGGCGAUCAUGAAAACUCUUUGUUUCUCUUUCAUCAUCCUCUCUUCUUUUGCAACUCUCUUCUCCAUUGCUGAUGCAAGGAGGUUCAACGUCGGAGGUAACGGCGUUUGGGACGUGAAGCCUCAAGAAAACUACAAUACUUGGGCUGGAAGGAACCGUUUCCAAGUCAAUGACACUCUCUAUUUCAAGUAUCCAAAGGGUUUAGAUUUGGUUCAAGAAGUGACGAAAGCUGAAUAUGAUGACUGCAACGUCUUUGGCUCUAUCAAGAAGUAUAAAGAUGGUGAAACUGUUGUGACUCUUGAUCGUUCUGGUCCUCAUUAUUUCAUAAGUGGUGUUCAGGAUCACUGUAAAAAGGGACAGAAGAUGGUCGUUGUUGUCCUCGGCAUCAGAAACCACCCCAACGUUCCUAUUUCUCCGGCGAAACCUCCUUCAUCGGCUCAGGCUCCUAAAGCUCAUUCCUCUGUUUCACCAGUCGCUCCUGCUCAAGCUCCUAAAUCUCAUUCCCCUGUUUCUCCCGUUGCUCCUGCGAAACCUCCGUCUAUGGUUCAACCUCCGAGAUCCUCUGUUUCUCCAUCACAACCACCUAAAUCUUCUUCCCCUGUUUCUCACUCACCAUCGCAUGCUCCUAAGUCUCAAACCACCCCAUCUCCAUCCCCUGUAUCUCACUCACCAUCGAACGCUCCAUCUCACUCCCCGGUGACUCCAUCUUCAUCCCCUGUAUCUCACUCACCAUCGAACGCUCCAUCUCACUCUCCUGUGACUCCAUCUUCAAGCCCUGUCUCUCACUCACCAUCGAAUGCUCCAUCUCACUCCCCAGUGACUCCAUCUUCAAGCCCUGUUUCUCACUCACCAUCGAACGCUCCAUCUCACUCCCCAGUGACUCCAACUUCAAGCCCUGUUUCACAAUCACCAUCGAACGCUCCAUCUCACUCCCCUGUGACUCCAUCUGCAAGCCCUGUUUCUCAGUCACCAUCGAACGCUCCAUCUCACUCUGCUGUGACUCCAUCUCCAAGCCCUGUUUCUCAGUCACCAUCUAACGCUCCGGCGACUCCACCUCCAUCACCAUCCCCUGUUUCUACCCCAUCGCCUGUUCAGUCUCCGGCUUCAUCUCCAUCUGAUCAGUCUACACCUUUGUCGCCUUCACCUUCUGACUCAACAUCACCUUCCGCCGAUACUAUCACCGCCCCGGCGCCAAGUCCAAGGAAAAACUCAGCAAGUGGUGUGGCAGUUACUUCGGUUAUGACUACAUUAUUGACUGCGGCUUUCUCCUUUUUGAUGUUCGCUUGAGAUUGUGUUUUCGUGUUUUCGCUUUAGAUUUUUCUUUUUAUUCUAUUUCUGAAAUUUUAUUGUUCUUGUCGCAAACUCUUUCGGUUUUUUUCCUCUUUGUGUCGUAUUUUUCACAUUAUUGGACUAUUUUUUUUGGUUAUAAAUAUCAUUUCGUUGUUCUAAGCAUUAUUGGAGUUUGAAUGAUU